AGGCUGGGGAAGGAGGCAUUCCCCCACACAUCUGCUCCAGAUGUGGGGGGCUGGGCCCUGGACUGUCUGGUGCUGGUGAGCAAAUUCUGAGGCAACUUGGGGCACAGGCCGAGCACGUGGCCUGGGUGCUCCGUGCCUAGAGACUGGAUCAUGUCUGCACCUGCCCCAGUCUCAGCAGAUUGGCAAGGCAGGCUGUGUGCGUGGGAGGCAGCCAGCAGCAGCGCCGUGUGCCGACGACCUCACAGCCAGACUCCCCCCCUGUUUAGCGCUGAGUGUCAGAACCACCCCCAGAACCUCCACUAAGCAAAGGGGUUAGUUUCCAUGGAGACACAGCAUCCUUUCUCCAUGGCAACCAGAAAUCCCCCAAACCAAGUUAAGCUCAGGCAUGAGUCAUCUGUGGCCAGUAGGGGGCACUCACCCAAAAGGCUGACCUUAGGGCCAGGGACAGAUGAGCAGUUGACCACAGACUUGAAGGUGCCCCAAGGGCGAGGCCCUCGGAGACCUUGGCGGGCACUGCUUAACCCCUUCCUGCCCACCUGUGCGGUUCGAGGAGUCUGGCAAAGCUGCAGGAAGCACCGUGUGGAGGUGGCAGCCCCACAGCUAGAACUCGGCAGGCCACCUGCAUGGAGUGGAUCCCUGCCCCCAGAGGCUGGACCCAGAGCAGAGGAAGCAGGCACUGCCCGGGCUGAAUGGACACACAAGAGUUAACUGGCGGGUGUGACAGGGCGAACCGCCCUCAGGAAGUGUUACUCACCACUGGGAAUGUGAGUGCUCUCGCCUUGGGGGCUGGCUUCUCUGAGUCCCGGGAGAGACUGGAGGAGCUCCCGGCCAUGGAUACUCCCUGGAAGCCAGGAACAGGCCCCCUCGGAGGCCCCCACCCAGCCAGCUUCGCUUCUGGGCACCUGGAGAGAGAAAAGCCAGCCCAGGACCCACGGUACGAUGUGCCUGGUGCCGGCGGGGCGCAGGCAGGUGGAUCACAGCGGCCAGGGCGCACCGUGAGCCUGCGGGAGCGCCUGCUGCUCACCCGGCCCGUGUGGCUGCAGCUGCGGGCCAACGAGGCCGCCGCGCUGCACGUGCUGAGGACCGAGCCCCCCGGGACAUUCCUGGUACGGAAGUCUAACAGUCGCCAGUGCCAAGCCCUGUGCAUGCGGCUGCCUGAGGCCAGUGGCCCCUCCUUCGUCUCUAGCCACUGUAUCCAGGAGACCGCUGAGGGCGUCUCCCUGGAGGGCUCAGAGCUUGUGUUCCUAGACCUGGUCCAGCUGAUCUGUGCCUACUGCCACACCCGGGACAUUCUUCUCCUCCCGCUUCAGCUCCCCAGAGCCAUCCGCCAGGCAGCCACCCACAAGGAGCUGGAAGCCAUCUCCCAUCUGGGCAUGGAGUUCUGGAGCUCCUCCCUCAACACCAAGGCUCAGCCAGGCCCAUCGGAAGGCCCCCCGCUGCCCCGGCUGAAGCCCCGGCCCCCACAAGAGCUGGACCAGGGCACUGGAGCUGCCCUGUGUUUCUUCAACCCCCUGUUCCCAGGGGAUCUGGGCCCCACCAAGCGGGAGAAAUUCAAGAGGAGCUUCAAAGUUCGUGUGUCCACGGAGACCUCCAGCCCCCUGUCUCCCCCAGCUGUGCCACCUCCCCCAGUCCCGGUGUUGCCAGGGACAGUCCCCAACCAGACAGAAAGGUUGCCCCCUCGCCAGCUGCUACGGAGGGAGAGCUCGGUGGGGUACCGUGUGCCAGGGGGCGCUGGCCCCAGCCUCCUGCCGCUGCCCUCCCUCCAGGAGGUGGACUGCGCCUCCCCCAGCAGCUCAGAGGAGGAGGGGGUGCCGGGGUCCCCGGGGAGCCCAGCGACCUCACCCCACCUGGGCUACCAGUGGCGGCGGCGGCCCCUGCUUCGGUCCAUGAGCGCUGCCUUCUGCUCCCUGCUAGCGCCUGAGCGGCAGGUGGGCCGGGCAGCAGCGGCGCUGACGCAGGACAGACACACGGCCGUGGGACAGCUGGUGCAGGACCUGCUGACCCAGGUGCGUGCUGGCCCCGAACCCCGGGAGCUGCAGGCCGUCCGCGAGGCUCUGAGCCGGGCCCGAGCCAUGCUGAGCGCAGAGCUGAGCCCAGAGAAGCUGCUGCCACCAGACAGGCUGGAACACGUCCUGGAGAAGUCGCUGCACCGCUCAGUGCUCAAGCCGCUGCGGCCCAUCCUGGUGGCCCGCCUGCGGCACCGGCUUUCAGCCAACAGCUCCCUGGGCCGCCUGGCUGAAGGCCUCCGCCUGGCCCGGGCCCGGGGCGCCAGCGCCUUCGGGUCCCACUUAAGCCUGCCCUCCCCGGUAGAGAUGGAGCAAGUGCGUCAGAAGCUGUUACAGCUGCUUCGCGCCUACUCACCCAGCGCCCAGGUCAAGCGGCUCCUGCAGGCCUGCAAGCUGCUCUACACGGCCCUGAGGACCCAGGCGGGGGAGGGCGCGGGGGCCGACGAGUUCCUGCCAUUGCUGAGCCUCGUGCUGGCCCACUGUGACCUUCCUGAGCUGCUGCUGGAGGCCGAGUACAUGUCAGAGCUCCUGGAGCCUGCCCUGCUCACCGGAGAGGGCGGCUACUACCUGACCAGCCUCUCGGCCAGCCUGGCCCUGCUGAGUGGCCUGACCGAGGCCCACGCCCUGCCCCUGAGCCCCUCGCAGGAGCUGCAGCGCUCGCUCAGCCUCUGGGAGCAGCGCCGCCUGCCCGCCACCCACUGCUUCCAGCACCUCCUCCGCAUAGCCUAUCAGGACCCCAGCAGUGGCUGUACCUCCAAGACGCUGGCCGUGCCCCCAGGAGCCUCGAUUGCCACGCUGAACAAGCUCUGUGCCACCAAGUUCCGGGUGACCCAGCCUGAUACUUUUGGCCUCUUCCUGUACAAGGGACAGGACUACCAGCGCCUGCCCCCCGGAGCCCUGGCUCACAGGCUCCCCACUGCCGGCUACCUCGUCUACCGCCGGGCAGAGCAGCCCGAGACCCCGGGGGCCUCACCUGGGGCUGCCACAGGGGAGGGCAGUGGGGGGCCAGAGGCAGGGGACAGGGAGGAGGACAAAGCGGGCCGGGGGACUGGGGAAACCAAGGCCAAAACCAGCCCCAGGGAUGGCAGGGGAGAAUCUGAGACAGUGGCCGAGGGGGCCGAGGACCAGGCCAGGGGAGGCCCCACUCAGCCAAGGGGGCCAGAGACUGAGGAGAGCCAGGCCGCAGAGGAGUAGCUGGGAAUGGACAGAAGGGCUGCAUGGGGCAGGAAGCUCGGAGCCUGCUGGGACGGCCUUGCAGAGUGUCAGCCUCGCUGGCCCAGGCCACAGGCCCCAGAGCCUCCCAACUCUGCUCCUGGUCUGCCGCCAUCUCUGACCCUCCAGCACACCGAUCACACCUGCUGGCCACAUCCAGGGCACGUGGGUGAAGCCCAAGGGAUCUGGGGGGCCCAGAUGAAGGCCCUUGGCCUCUCCUCCUGCUCCCCCAGCUGGAAGCCAGGCAGCCCACAGUGAGGAGUGUGUCCAGCAGGGGAGAAAUCCAUCAGGGGCCCCACCUCUGGCGGCAGUGGGGAGGGGUGGGUGGUUCAAGGCCCAGAAAGGCCCCACCAAUUUCCAGGUGUCAGGAGGAUUCAGAGAAGCAGCAAGGCCUCAGGGCUCAGUCCUGCCCACACCACCUGCAGAACAAGCACCUCCGAACCUCAGUGUCCUCGCCUAUAAAGUGGGGGUGCUACCGCUGCCCUGCCUUCUCCCAGAAGCCUUCCAUGGCUCAGAAUAGAUGGUUUUGUUGCACAGCAGAGCACAGCUAGGGAAAGGGGAGAGAAAGAGGUUGAAUAUUAGCAAAACCCCCAGCUUGCAUAUACACACGCCUCUCUGAGGGUCCAUUCUCCACCCUCACCUAAGGGAGAGGUUCUCUAAGCAGCCCUGGGGACAUCCAGGGAGCCAGGCUCAGCCAAGGGAGCACCCUGUUCCAGUCUUUCCCCAAGAGAAGAAGUCCUCCCAGGCACGCUGCUGUCCCAGGGGAAGUGGACGGUGAGACAGCCUUCUGAAAUGGAAUGAGGACUCAGAAACUGUCUCUUCUGCACUGAAGUCUCUUGGACCUCACAACAGGUUUUUCAGGAGUCAGGGUCUGAUUUAUUACCCACCGAGGCUGGGAAAGUGACUCCUAAGACGCCACACAGCGGACCAUUAGACCAAACCAGGAGUCAGGUUCCAACUAUGCCUUGUGUUCUAAGCCACCAAUACAUUAAUCCUCAAGGUUUAGGGCUUCUCCGAUGGCUCAGUGAUAAAGAAUCUGCCUGCAGUGCAGGAGAUGUAGGAGAUGGGGGUUUGAUCCCUGGAUCUGGAAGAUCCCCUGGAGGAGGAAAUGGCAGGCAACCCACUCCAAUAUUUUUGCCUGGGAAAUCCCAGGGACAGAGGAGCCUGGUAGGCUACAGUCCAUGGGGUCGCAAAGAGUCAGUCAGACCUGAGCGACUGAGCGGGAGGUCCAGGCAGACAGCAAAUGAGCAAAGAAAAUACCAGAGACCACCACAAGAGGGCACACGUAGCCCAGGAAGCGGCUGAGAGGGCGACCUGAUAGACUGCGGCUCCGGGGCUGCAGCGGUGCAGGUGGUCCCGGGGUUUGCAGUCUUGCAACCGCCAAGCAAGUAGGGGGCAGUGCAAGAGCCAAGCCUCUGGCCCUCAGCUGUCUUGGGAGUCUGAGGUCUGGAUGAGGCUGGCCUCCGGGGACCACUCCCUGGAAAGGAACUAGGCUCCAGUGGAAGGAGGACCCUAGCCAGUCUCUGAGGGGCUCGCUCGGGCCCUGAGCACACGGGACAGCGGCCCACAUAUUAGACAUGAUGGCUGAGAGGCAGAAAUCACAGCCUUUGGGAUUUCAGACCCUCCAGGUACAGCCCGGGUGCAGGACUCCCAAAUUUCUCACUAGGCCAUCGGCAGCUCUCUGCCACCUUCCACCCCCUCCCACGCACACACACAGGCUCCUCCCUGGCGUGGGGUCUCACUUCACUCUUUUGUAUGUACUCCCCACCAGUCCCGCACCCACCCCAGUGCCUUGUACAGUGCUGGGCGCUCCACAGGCGCUCAAUAAAUGUUGUCCACUGA